AAAGAAAAGUAGGCAACUUUAAGUCAUGGACAUUUAAACGAUGCCGUUAGGUCCCGUAACGUGUGGUUGGUUAGGGCUUGGAGGGCCCGUCUUCAACCAUUUUCUGAUUGUCACAAGCUAAAAACCCAAGCAGCUGCUCGGAGGGAUUUUUUACAUUUAUUCUGCGCCGAAACAAUAGGAAAAUCCCAAUCCCUUUUCUGUAUAUUUUCUUUGGGGGCAGAAAGGCAGAAACUUGUUUGUUCUCUUGAAGAUUAAGCAUGCCAUUUGAGGACUCGAAGUCAGUGAAAAAGGAGGAACCCGAAGAGGAUAAUGAGGACCUCAAAAGCCUGAGUUGGAUGGGGGAGAAUCGUAAGAAGAAACCAUCGAGUAAUAGCAACAAUGCUGCUAUUUCUAACUCAAAAUUGCAUCCCAAAUAAGCCAAAGUGAAGAAAGAAGAGCCGAUAGAGACUGAUGAUGAAGACGAAAAACCCAUCUCUAAAAGGAGCUCCGCUACUAAAGCGACAAAGCCCAAGAAGGAAGAGAGCGACGAUGAAGACGAAAAACCAAUCUCCAAAAGGAGCUCCGCUACUAAAGCAGAUAAGGAAAAAGAAAUGAAGAAAAAGAAGAAAAAGGGGGAAGAAAAGAAAGCGGCUGCUGAGAAGGAAGUGAAGCGGGAGAAGAAGGUUUAUGAUUUGCCCGGUCAGAAGAGGGAUCCUCCUGAGGAGAGGGAUCCACUGCGGAUAUUUUAUGAAACAAUGUACCAGCAAAUUCCCCAUAGUGAAAUGGCACAAUUCUGGUCAAAAGAGUUGCAGCUGGCUUGUUGCAUUCAACAUGCAUUGAUGAUCUUAAUUUGUCUAGGUAUUGCAGAAACUGGGUCUUUGUUUGUGUUUGGGGAUAAAGUGGUAGCUAAUCUUGGAUUUGGGGAGGCCAAGAAUGCAACCAUGCCAUCCAUGAUCAAUACAUUGCCAUAUUCAGAAGAAGUUGCAUGUGGUGGCUACCACACUUGUGUUGUAACAAUGCUUGAAAAUUAAGUGCAAGUUGAUGUGAAUGAUGAUGUCCUGGAGAUCAUAUGGGAAGAUAAUAAUUAAAACAUGGAGGUUAAAAGGAUGAUAAGGAGAAGGAAGAGUUGGACUUUAAGGGUAAAAAUGUGUCAAAUCUAGUGAGACAGGUGACCGAGAUUCCGUUUAACAAUUUUUUUUAUUGCUGGAACAAGUCUUAACCAAGAUCAAGAUCAAAGUACUUCACUAAGUUAUAUAUACAGGCAUUGCAAUGAGAGGUGAUGAUGAUUUGGCAUUAUAUUCUCACCAGGAUGAAUUUUGUUUUAGAAAUUGUAAUACUUUGUGUGUCUCUGUGUAUGUGUGUGUUUUUUAUGUAUUAAAUUACAUAUUGAAUCAAUGUUUAUGUAUUAAAUUUAAAUUCAUUAAUUUUUAUAUUUAGUUUUGAAGUUUAAAUUUUAAUGGAAAA